AGACCUGUUUAAGCAAGUGGCAAGCUCUACUGGAUUUUGUGACCAGCGGAGACUGGGACUCCUCCUCCACGAUGCCAUCCAGAUACCUCGGCAGCUGGGUGAAGUGGCUUCCUUUGGUGGAAGUAACAUAGAACCCAGUGUUAGGAGCUGCUUUCAGUAUGCCAACAAUAAACCAGAAAUUGAGGCAGCCCUGUUUCUGGACUGGAUGAGGUUGGAGCCACAGUCGAUGGUUUGGCUACCGGUGCUUCAUAGAGUUGCUGCUGCUGAAACUGCCAAACAUCAAGCCAAGUGUAAUAUCUGUAAGGAAUGUCCCAUUAUUGGUUUCAGGUACAGAAGUUUAAAGCACUUUAACUAUGACAUCUGCCAAAGCUGCUUCUUUUCCGGCCGUGUUGCAAAAGGUCACAAAAUGCACUAUCCAAUGGUGGGAAUAUUGCACUCCUACUACAUCUGGAGAAGAUGUACGUGACUUUGCAAAGGUUUUAAAGAAUAAAUUCAGGACAAAACGAUACUUUGCUAAGCACCCAAGGAUGGGUUAUCUGCCUGUUCAGACUGUCCUAGAAGGAGACAACAUGGAGACUCCUGUUACUCUGAUCAACUUCUGGCCAGUAGAUUCUGCCCCUGCCUCAUCUCCCCAGCUAUCACACGAUGACACUCACUCACGAAUUGAACAUUAUGCUAGCAGGCUAGCUGAAAUGGAAAACAGCAAUGGAUCCUACCUAAACGAUAGCAUUUCCCCCAAUGAAAGCAUAGAUGAUGAGCACUUGCUUAUCCAGCACUACUGCCAAAGCUUGAACCAGGAGUCUCCUCUAAGCCAGCCCCCGGAGUCCUGCUCAGAUUCUAAUCUCCUUGGAAAGUGAAGAGCGAGGGGGGACUUGAGAGGAUUCUUGCUGACUUGGAAGAGGAGAAUAGGAAUUUGCAGUCUGAAUAUGACAGAUUGAAGGAGCAGCAUGAUCACAAGGGCUUGUCCCCACUGCCCUCCCCUCCAGAAAUGAUGCCAGCCUCCCCACAAAGUCCACGUGAUGCAGAACUUAUUGCAGAAGCCAAACUACUGCGCCAGCACAAAGGACGGCUAGAAGCUAGAAUGCAAAUACUAGAAGAUCAUAACAAGCAACUGGAGUCUCAACUGCAUCGGCUCAGACAAUUGCUGGAGCAGUGUGGGCAGGUGCCAAGUCCUGCUGGAAAAUGA